AUUUGCGGUUCAUAAUCUUUAUUUUACUUGUUGAUUUGUUGGAGAAUUUUGGGAAUUUUAUUAAUUUAAGUCGUAAUCGCUACGCCCUGGAUGAUUCAGUGAGUGAAGUGGUGGAGUAAUUAGAGUGGGGAAAAAAAGGUUUAGACAUUGUGUGGUUUCGUAAAAGUUUCUUCUGUAAUUGAGGAGCACUGAAUAAUUUGAGCGAAAAGCAUGAAUCCCUACAUAGUUGGCAUAUUUGUACCUGUUAUAUUAUCCUUGAUGUUACGAAAGAGGAAGGAUAAUAAGAAGAGGGGAGUACCGAUCGAUGUUGGCGGAGAACCUGGAUAUGCUAUUCGUAAUUACCGUUUCGCCACUCCCGUGGAGUCGCAUUGGGACGGAGUAUCCACACUUGCUGAGUUAUUUGAGAUGUGCUGUACAAGAUAUGCCCACACGCCUCUGUUCGGAUCGAGAAAAUUGAUUUCGAGGGAGAUUGAAGUGAAUUCGGAAGGGAAAUCAUUUGAGAAGCUCCAUCUGGGUGAUUAUGAGUGGUUAAGUUACGGCGAGGCGUUUAAUGUAGUGUGUCAUUUUGCGUCUGGGUUGGUGCAAAUUGGGCACGGAAAGGAUGAACGCGUCGCUAUUUUUGCCGAAACUCGAGCUGAGUGGCAGAUUGCUUUACAGGGUUGUUUUAGGCGAAGUAUCACGGUUGUCACUGUAUAUGCUUCUUUGGGGGAGGGAGCUCUUUGCCAGUCAUUAAACGAGACUGAGGUUACAACUGUAAUUUGCGGACCUAAAGAAUUGAAGAAGCUGAUUGCUAUAAGUGGACAACUCGACACGGUAAAAAGUGUAAUAUAUAUGAACGAGGAGGGAGUCUCGUCUGACGUCUCCUCGGCCGAGAAGAACACUAACUGGAAAAUCGUACAAUUUGAGGAAGUUGUGGAAUUAGGAAAGGAAAAUCCUGCUGAUGCUGAUUUGCCUGCCUCAGCUGACAUUGCUGUGAUCAUGUACACUAGUGGCAGCACUGGCGUGCCGAAGGGAGUAAUGAUGACACAUCACAAUGUGCUAGCUACAAUUUCAGCUGUUAUGACCAUCGUCCCCGACAUCGGAAAUAAUGAUGUAUACAUGGCAUACCUGCCAUUAGCUCAUAUACUCGAGCUAGCAGCCGAGGCUGUAAUGGCUGCAAUCGGAGGCGCUAUAGGGUAUGGUUCACCUCUGACUCUUAGUGAUACAUCAAAUAAGAUAAAAAAGGGAACAAAAGGCGAUGCCUCAGUGUUGAGACCCACCCUUAUGACUGCUGUGCCUGCCAUACUCGACCGUGUUCGUGACGGUGUGCGGAAAAAGGUAGAUGAAAAGGGUGGCAUUGCAAAGAAACUAUUCGAUAUCGCUUAUAGUCGUCGUUUAGCGGCUAUUAAUGGAAGCUGGUUUGGUGCAUGCGGGCCAGAGAAGCUAUUGUGGGAUGUUCUCGUCUUCAAAAAGGUUCGUGCGAUAUUGGGGGGUCGCAUUCGUUUUGUACUCUCUGGAGGAGCUCCUCUCUCUGGAGAUACACAAAGAUUCAUCAACAUAUGCCUUGGGGCUCCAAUAGGGCAAGGAUAUGGUCUAACGGAAACUUGCGCUGGAGGGACAUUUUCGGAAUUCGACGACACAUCAGUUGGCCGUGUUGGCGCUCCACUUCCUUGUUCAUACAUCAAGUUAAUUGACUGGCCAGAGGGUGGAUAUUUAAUAACUGAUUCGCCGAUGCCUCGAGGGGAAAUAGUCAUCGGGGGACCGAAUGUUACUGUGGGCUACUUCAAAAGGGAGGCAAAAACUAAAGAAUCCUACAAGGUCGAUGAAAGAGGUAUGCGGUGGUUUUACACCGGCGAUAUUGGGCGUUUUCACCCGGACGGUUGCCUCGAGAUCAUCGAUCGUAAAAAGGAUAUCGUAAAACUCCAACACGGUGAAUACGUCUCUCUCGGAAAGGUGGAGGCGGUUUUAAUUGGGAGCCCGUACGUCGACAACGUCAUGGUGUACGCAGAUCCGUUCCACAGCUACUGCGUCGCGCUCGUCGUAGCUGCUCGAAGUGAAUUAGAAAACUGGGCUUCGAAGCAAGGAAUCAAAUAUGGCGAUUUCUCCGAUUUAUGUCAAAAACAAGAAGCUGUCGACGAAGUGCUCAGAUCAUUAGUGAAGGUCGCGAAGCAGGCGAAUUUGGAUAAAUUCGAGAUUCCGUCGAAGAUCAAACUGCUUCAUGAGCCAUGGACGCCGGAAUCCGACCUCGUAACCGCCGCGCUCAAGCUCAAGAGAGAAGUCAUCAGAAAAGUGUUCGCCGACGAUCUCGCAAGCUUGUAUACCUGAUUUCAAGGUUUUUUUUUUUGGGGGGGGCUAAAUU